AUGCGGAAGCUCCGGAGGCCGACAUUGGUGGAGACAGCAGGUUUUCUCUGGGGAAGGGGCCUCCUGCCAAGCCCCCAGAGAGGACCUGCUGAAGAAGACGAGACCCCUCUGGAAGCUGACAAAGGAGGAGACUUUCUGGGACUCAAUGGGUCCUCCAAGAUGCAGCCAACAUCAGACCUUCAGGCUUGGGCUAAGGACACUCAGGCAGAGCCGGGACCCAACAGCUCAGGCAUGCAGAAGAUGCUGAAGACUCUGGUGGAGGUGCAGAAGACCGAAGGGGUGCAGAAGACAGAGCUCAAGAUGGAGCUGCAGCUGAAGACUCUGAAGAUGAUGCAGGCAGCUCAGACAGCUAACGAGGUGAUGCAGACGGAUGAGACAACUGAUGAGGUGAUGCGGGCACUUCAGGCGGCGAACGAGGUGGCUGACGAGGUGAUGCGAGUGCCUCAGGCGGCUAACCAGAUGAUUCAGGUGCCUCAAGUGGUGGGCCAGAUGAUGCAGGUGACUCAGGCCGCAGACGAGGUGUCACAGAUGAUAGCACAGAUGCAAAUGCUUAUGAUGGAGAAGCUGCAGAUGUCAACACAGAUGCAGAUGGAGCAGAUGCAGGCACGGAUGCUGCAGAUGAUGGCACAGAUGAUGCAGAUGACCCAGACUCUGAUUGCAGAAAGUGCACUGGAUGCCCAGACUGGGGCUGUGCAGGCCCUACAGGUAGACGAGACUGUGGAUGUUGCUACGCAGUGCCAGCUUGUGCUUGUACUACGCUAUAUCGAUGCCAAAAACACUGUGCAGGAAAGGUUUUUUGAGUUUAUCCCUCUGCAGUCGGCUACAGCUGAUUCCAUUGCUACAGCCCUAAAAGAACGUCUUGCAACUAUUCUUCCUGAGGAUCAAAAGGCUAAGCUAAUCUGUCAGGCAUAUGAUGGAGCCAGCGUGAUGCGAGGUGCCACUGCAGGUGUUCAGAAGAAGAUACAAGAUGUGUACCCAAAUGCCCACUACAUCCACUGCUAUGCUCAUCAGCUCAAUCUAAUAAUGCAACAGGCUACUUCUCACAUAACCAAAGUUAGAAUUUUUUUUUCUAACCUUAGUGGAUUUUCCAGCUUUUUUUCCAGAUCAUCCAAGCACACAAGCGUUCUUGAUAAAGUUGUGGCCCACAGACUACCAGCAUCCAGCAAUGUCAGAUGGAACUUUCACAGCCGUGCCAUCAAUACUGUGUUUGAGCACAGAGAGGACCUCAUCCGCUGUUUCCAAAGCAUACAAGACUCUGGUGACUUUGACCCCAUUACCGUCAGAGAGGCUGGAGCAUUUGCCAUGCUACUGGAGGAUCAGGAUUUUAAGUUCUUUCUGCAACUUUUCCACCAUAUCAUGCCUCAUGUGGACCUUCUCUAUGCCAAACUCCAGAAGAAGGUCAUAGAUUCAGUCUGUAUCCAGGAGAGCAUCCAACAGUUCCAGCAGGACAUUCAAAAGAUCAGAAAUUCUCUCCACUCCAUGGUUGGACAAAGCAGUGUAGGUAGUAGUCAGCCAGUGAAGAAGCGUCGGACACUCAGUGUAGAAGACCAUGAAAGGAUUGCUGCAGAGGUCUGUGAUAUCAUACUGGGACACACCAGGGAGCGCUUUUCUUUCACAAACCACCUUGUUAGUGCCACACUCCUGCAGGGGGACAGAUUUGAACAAUACAACACAGCAUUUCCUGAAGAUGCACUGAGCAACACCUUAAAAGCCUAUCCAGUGCUCAAUCGAGAUAAGCUGAAGACAGAGCUUACUCUCAUCUACAGCAAGGAAGAGUUCAAAGCCUGUUGUGGUGCUGUGGGCCUACUCCAGCUGUUUAUGGAAAACAAUCUAGAAGAAGUCUUUUCAGAAACUGUCACGCUCUUGAAGAUCUUCAUCACCACACCCAUGACCACAGCAGAAGCUGAACGGUGCUUUUCAACUCUGAAAAGAAUCAAGACUUUUCUGAGAAACUCAAUGACUCAGGACAGGCUGAAUGCAUUGGCCAUGUUGUCAAUGGAGAAAAGACUAGUCACAGAGAUGACUGACUUUAACAAGAAUGUAAUUGAGAAAUUUGCAGGGCAGAAGGAAAGGAGGGCAAAAUUCAUGUUCAUAUAGUGCUAUUUUUUAAGAUUUGUUUUGUUUGUUUUUCAUUUGUUUGUUUGUGUGCGCCCCCCUCAGUUUUUUUAGCACCAGCCACCACUGCACUGCACCGGUCUGUCGUGGUGAAGA